AUGGAAGAGGAUAUACAAGGGUAUAUCAAUAGCAUUAAUCUCAUUAAAAAAGAGUUUGAGCUAUGUAAAAUGCAGAUUAACCUAAAAAAAGCUUAGAAAUAAAAGAUUAUCUUGUUUUUAAAAGACGAAGAAUAAAAGCAGUUCAAUAGUGCCAACUUAUAUCAAGUAUAUUAGGGUGAAUGGCAAAAGUAAACUCAUUAAAGAUGUGAGUUCCACAGAUCAAGGCCACUAUAGUUAUAUUGCUGGACUGAUUUGAAAUCAAUAUGCGAGAAAUGCUUGAUUGAAGAGCAUAUCAAUCAUAAUGAUUUCCUAGAUAAUUCACCAAACAUUAUGAAAUAAAAGAUUAGAGAGAUAGACAAAGUCUAUAUAUAAACAGUGCUGCUCUAAUAGCAGCCUUUGACAUUGUAUUCAAAGCAUUUAAGUGCAUUUUAAAGAAUGAUCGUAAUGGACUGCUAAUUAGACUCACUUUAGUAUCAAAUAUACAAUCAUCCUGCUAAUGACUAUUUAUUUGAGCUACAUAAUUACUACUAAAAAUUGAGAGAAUUUGAGACAAAUUUCAAUCAGUGUAAAAGUAUUUGCUUAACACGAAAAGAAGAGAUCAAUCUAGAACUCAUGAGAUGGAUAGAUUUUGAUAGUGAUGAACCUAGUGAUAUCUCAGCUGAUAUUUUUUUUGACGAUCAAUUUCUUAAUGAGAUAGAAGGAUCUAAAUAGGAACCAUUAUAUUUAGGAGAAAAAUUGAGAGUUCAGAUAAAUGAGUACAUGCAUUCUAAGGAAUUUUUCGAACAUAGACCGAUUGCCUAGGCUGAUGGGCAGCUUACUUAUUAUAAUUUCUCAAAGAUUGAAGAAAUUUUGACAUAUUGCUAGUAAACAAUAGCCGAAAGUGAACCAUCAUCCUUUUAAAAUUCAAAAGAAGAGAAAAUAGCUUAAAUACAACUUCUUCAUGAUAAAGCUCAUGAAUAUAAGAUAAAGCAUGCUGAUGCUUGGAAAUCAGAGGAAGAUUCUAAAAAACGACAUAUUAGACUCUAAAAUCUUGUGGAAUUAUUCAAAAUAUGUGAGCUACUCAAAGAUGUGGUCGAGAAUUAAACAUAACUUCCUUUGGAGAGAGAAGAGGCAAAAAGAUAGGAAAGAGAAAUAGAAUAACUUGAAAGAAAUGGAAGAUUUUACUAAAUAGGAGAUGAUAAUGAUAAUAACUCUGACAUCAGCUUACAGUAUUCUUCCUCAGGUAAAAAGAAGAAAAAUAAAAAUAAAAAUAUUGGGCAGACUAACUAAAUAGUAAAGAAUGAAGAUUUUGAAAAACUUAAAAUUGAAGCCUAUAGAUUACAUACACAAGUUGGAAAUGACUAAAAGCCUUACAUUCCAAAAUAAGAGAGUGAAAACAAAAUCAUCAAAUUCAAUAAGGGUUUUAGGAUCCAAAGAACUCUAUAUAAUGAAACAUUUGAAGUCAUUUAUUUCAUGGCUGAAAUUGAAGGAUUCCUCAUAACAGGACAUUCAAAAGGAAUAUUGAUGAUUUGGGAUCAUACAAUUGGGGAAAGAGUUAUUAAGUAUGAAUGUAAUGUGAAAGACCCAGUAACUUCUAUAGUAUACAUGAAGAGUAGCAUUAUCUGGAUUUCCCUGAUGAAUGGUGAUAUGAUCCUCCUAAGAGUUAAUGGACUAGCUUUAACUUUAGAUUAAAUGAAUUAGGUGAAGAUUUAAGAGCCAGCCAAGAAGAUAUACAGUCUCACUAAGCUUGGUGAUGGUAGAGUUUGUGUAUCACAAGACAAAGGUUUUACAGUCUGGUAGUUGAACUUUAUUUAAAAACAAACAACCAGUUAGUUAUCAAUGCAAGAGCAAAUAAAAAUGUAAUAGCAGAGCAAACAAAUUUUGCUUGAGGAUUUCACAGUCUCUUAGAUCCUAGAAUACGAUGUAAAUCAAGUCAUUGUUUCAACCAUGUCUUGCAUUUAUUUCUUGAUUUCCCUAAAGACUGGAUAGGUUAUCCACAAGAUUUAGGGGUUAGGAAAGUAUUGCUUAGACUUGAUAAGGGUACCUCACUAUGAGUAGAUGGGGGUAAAGAAUAUUUAUUGUGGAGUUGAAAAUGAAUUCUAUAUCUUGAUAGAUGUAGAAAAUGAGAAGAUUAGAAGACUCUAGUCUGAAGGUGCUGAAAAUCAAAGUCCAUGGUACACAGGAGCACUGUUCCUGAGAAACAAGACUGAUUGCAUGGUAGUCGCUGAGGAGAAAAAGAGAUCAAUAAGAAGCUUUGUUGUAAAUAAUCUCUAUUGA